CGCAUCUUCCGCCAAUGUCGAUCGAGUGAUGUGGGAUCAAUGAUUGGAAGCGACGUCAGCUAGCGGUCAAUAGCCUUCCGAAGAGGCUGGGAGAAAGCUGGAGAGCUCCUUUCGCCUCUCGAGUGCUGCUGUCAGAGACAACAACAUUGCGCCUGAGCGGAUAUACAGGUGGAAGCCCUUGUUGAGCUCCUACCCGUCCGAAACUGUGUCCUCGAGCCGCCGCGAUCACUGUCAGACUUCGACUCGGACGAAUCGCUUCGCGUACCCACCGCGAUUACCGCAGCCAUGGUCGCGACACGAAAUCACCCCACAGACUUUCCUGAGCCUCCAGCUCCGACCGAAUCGCCCGUCAAAGCUUCGCCAACCAAGCGAACGACGCGAACCUCGGAAUGGUCGCAUACACCUAGCAAUCUGGCCCUGAUAUGGCUCGCUGUCAGUCUACCGCUCGUGAUAUGGGAUAUGGGAUAUGUGCUGCUGCGACCGUAUUCUAUGCCUGGAGGAAGUCUGCAUAAGCCACUUUGGACACCGUAUGAGCUUUAUGGGCGUGUGGACUACGUGUACGGUCAGUUGGCAUGGGAUCAGAAGUCGGGCUGGACCGCUGCGCAGUCGUACUUUAACUUGAUGGAAACUCUCGCCUACUUGGGAUACCUGGCGCUGGUCUACAAGUUUGGAGAGCAGGAUUCAAUCCAAGGCCGUGGAGCGCCGGACAAAGAGUCAAUGGGCAUCUUUAGCGAGCUCAGCGAGAGCAGGACAUUGACCGGACGUGUUGCCAUCUACGCCGUGCUGCUUGGUUACAGCACGACUUUCCUCACCUUCGCAAAGACCAUUCUUUAUUGGUUGAUCGAGGCCUGCUCGGGAUUUGCCAAUAUUGGUCACAACGACUGGUCGACGCUCUUCUUUUUAUGGAUCGUUCCCAAUGGCGCUUGGAUCAUCUUUCCUCUCUACUUGUCGUAUGUCUUCGGUCAGGAAAUCAUUCAGGGCCUGGAGAUGGCAAGCGGAGAAAGCAAGAAAGUCAGGUAG